AUGCUCGCCCUUCUGGAGGUCAAAUGGUCAAAGAUCACCCUCCAUGACUGGUGGAGAAACGAGCAGUUUUGGUUGAUCGGCGGCACCAGUGCGCAUCCAGUUGCAGUGGUUCAAGGUCUGUUAAAGGUGAUUGCCGGAAUCGACAUCUCAUUCACGUUGACAUCAAAACCAGCAGCAGCGGAUGACGGUGAAGAUGAGUUUGCAGAGCUGUACGAGUUCCGGUUCACGAUGCUGAUGAUUCCUCCGGUGACGAUAAUCUUGAUGAACGUGGCGGCGAUAGCGGUGGGGGUGUUUAGGACGAUGUACAGUCCGUUUCCGGAGUGGAGCAAGCUUCUUGGAGGGGUGUUCUUUAGCUUCUGGGUUUUAUCGCAUUUGUAUCCAUUUGCUAAAGGGUUGAUGGGGAGGAAGGGGAAGAUAUCGACGAUUGUGUAUCUGUGGUCGAUGUUGAUAUGCAUUGUGGUGUCGCUGAUUUUCCUGUAUAUCCACCCGCCGGACGGCAGCCGGAGGCAGAAUUUCAAAUUCCCUUGA